UGAAAGCGGCUUCUCUCAAAAGCUUCACCGGCCCUGUUUUUCGUGGCGUAUGUUCACUUUCUCCUCUCUUCCUCCUCCACGUUUGCACCAACGCCCAGCUAGUUUGUCGACCAGGAAGGUCCCAAGGACUCAAGAUGAGUAAGGCACAUCCUCCAGAGUUGAAAAAGUUGAUGGAUAAGCGAUUAGCAAUGAAGCUUAAUGGGGGGCGAUCAGUUAACGGAAUCCUGCGUGGAUUCGAUCCCUUCAUGAACCUUGUGUUGGAUGAAACCAUUGAAGACUGUAAAGAUGGAAAUAAGAAAAAUAUUGGAAUGGUUGUGAUCCGAGGUAACAGCAUCAUAAUGAUGGAAGCAUUAGAAAGAGUAACGUGAUUACUUUACUACUUACUUACUAUACUUUGGACUGUCGAUUUCGUUCAUAGGUGACUCUAGGCUAAUUUGCUGCCUUGAAAUGAGGCCAUAUUGUUCAUAUUUUAAUUUUGUAUGUGAAAAUUAAAUGUCUUUUGUAAUAAAGGUUUAAAACUGUCGUAUA